AUGGCCACCUCUUCGCAGCUGGCCUGUCUGUGGCCGAACAGCAGCGAGCCGGACUCGCUUGUCGGCCGGUUCGCCAGCUCGUUCGACUUUGUCGUCGCCGGCGGUCUGGCCGUGCUCGCGUUGACCGCCAACCUCGGCCUGCUCUAUUUGGCCCGCGCGACGCGACUCUCGGGCUCCUUGCACGGCGGCCACCCGAGCUCGAGCAGCCCGGCCGCGGCCGCGGCCGCAGCCGCAACCGCUAACGCGGUCGGCGAGCCGGCCACCUGGUCAGUCGGCGCGCCAUCUGCGCCGCUGACCCGACGCACCGGCAGCAGCCUCAGUGUCUGCUCGCCUGCCACCAGAGCCCUGCUGCCCAGUCCAGGCGCCAGCCGGCUGGCGCCGGGCGCCGGCCUGCUGCACAGCCUCGGCAGUCAACUCUCUCUCUCCACCUUAUCGAUCAGUCGCCUCUUGGCCGGCGGCGGCGGCGGCAGUGAGCUUGAGGUGGGCCAGACGCGCCAAGUGAGUCGGUUCAGCCUGACUCGCGGCGCGAACGCGAGCGCAGGCGCCGGGUCUGCCGGCGCGUGUGCGUGUGUCGGCGCCAGCGCCAGCGCGUGCUCGGGCGUCGCGGCAGCGUCCGUCGGCGCCGGGUCCACCGCCUCUGGCGGUGGUCGGCGUCGACACCGGCGCUACCUGCGCGGCCUGCUCGCGCUGGCCAUCAGCAAUCUCACCAUCGCCGUCUGUCUGCUCGUCUGGUGUCUGUUGCACCUGGUGCCGCCCACCGCCUCGGGCGCCUGGACGGGCCGGCUCUACUUGGCCAACCUCGGCCUGGGCCUGGCCGACAUGGCCCAGGCCGUCGAGAUCGGCGCCGUGCUCUGGAUCGCGCUGGAGCGCACGCUCGCCGUCCAUUGGCCCAUGCCGGCCGGCUCGGCCGGCGCCAUCAUCGGCUCCGUCACCGGCGCCACUGCGCCUGUCUGCCGGCCUCGGACCGUCGGGCCGAGCCCCUGGCGGCGAGCUUCCAGUCUCGCCUAUCUCAAUCUCUUUGGCGCCACCGGCAACCAGUCGGCCGCCGCCUGCACCGGCAUUCUCCAGUUGCCACGACGACUGACCGACGAUCAACGGCCAGGCUGGCUGGCGCGACUCGGCUCUGUUGUGCUGUGCCGAAAGGGGCCGAGUCAGGCGGGUCGAUCGAUCCGACCGAAUGGCGCGCGCGACUUUCGUCCUCGAGGCUUGAGUCGUAAAAGCGAGUGUCUGUUGCGUGUCGCUCUGUGCGCUCUGCCAUUGGCUCUGCUCUUCAUUGCGCUGCUGCUCAAUCUGCCCAAUUGGAUUCGCGCCUCCGAGCACCGCUCGACGCCCCCAGCCCUCGACUCGACGGCCGCCAAGGCCGCGGGCGGAUUGCAGCCUCCCGCCGGACUGGGAUUGGCCGCCGGAGCCGCGGACAGUCGUGCUGCUGGGGCUGGGCCCCUCUCGGCGGCUGGCCACGCCCGGCUCGCGCCGUCGCGGCCGGGCGUCGUCUAUUUCACUGAGCCCAUGCUGGUGGCUCUUAUUGUGGGACAGUUUCUCGCACCGCUCGGCAUCCUCUGUUCAACCAGCAUCAUCAUCUACCGCAAGGUAAGCUCCGACACACCACUUUGCCCAAUCCCACCGUUCACACACGCGCCUCGUCCCCACCCUGGCGGGCCUACCGCCAGUCCUAUUGUCACUUGGAGACACGGGCACAAAUGGACAUUCUCGACGCCUGACAAUCGCACUGCACACGCCAACACACAUACACAAAUGGUGAUAUUGACACUGGCAUAA